AUGCAUCUUGUAUCUGCACGCUUCUUUACAAUCACUUCUAUAUAUAUAUAUUAAAUAAUAUUAAAUGUCUCAAUUGUCUAGAUAGAUGAAGAAGAUCGGUAAUUACUAGCUAGGCGAUUUGCUAGGUAGAGGUUCGAUUGGUACUGUGUACAAAGGAUUGAAUUUGGAAUUAGGAACACUUGUGGCAAUAAAGCAAGUGUCAAGAGCCACACUGAAAGAAGAUCAGUAUAUAAUUUUUACAACAAGAAAUCUAUCUAUUGA